AUGUAAGGAGAAAUAAGGUAUUUCCUUAACUAUAGAUAGCAGUAGAAGUAGAUAGAUGAGAAAUUAUGGUAAUCAUCAGUAGUGUUCCAUGAGCCACGUGGAUGCAUGAAAACAAACCAUGAACGGAAAAACAUCAACACCGAUGACUUCUCCCGCCAUCCCUCUCCCCGUCUCCACCACAUCCCCACCGUCAACCUCCGCCUCUCAAAUCCGCGUCGCCGCUAAACAGAAAGAAUGGAACAAAGCAAUUAGCACAAGCAUCCGUUCACGUCUCAGCAAACUAUGCCGAGAAGGCCAGCCUCACCUCGCUCGUCAUCUCCUCGAAACUCUUCCCCGUCCUUCCACCGUCGUCUGGAACUCCGUCAUCAUCGGUUUCAUCUGUAACAACAUGCCUCUCGAAGCUCUUCUCUUGUAUGCUCAAAUGAGAUCCAAACCAGACAUUCGUUUUGAUCCUUACACUUUCUCUUCCACUCUCAAAGCUUGUGCAUUAACCAAUGAUGUUAUUACCGGUAAAGCUAUUCAUUCUCAUUUUCUUCGUUCUCAUUCCAGUUCUAACCCUGGUCCUAGUAGAAUUGUUUACAAUUCGCUGUUGAAUAUGUACUCUUCUUGUCAACAUCAUUAUGUCCUCAAGGUGUUUGGUGUAAUGCGUAAACGGAAUGUUGUUGCUUGGAAUACUUUGAUUUCUUGGUAUGUUAAGACCAAUCGGUAUCACGAAGCGCUUAAUGCUUUUGCUACUAUGAUUAGUCUAUCUGUUACUCCCACUCCUGUUACUUUUGUUAAUCUCUUUCCUGGUUUAUCGAAAUUCGGUGAUUCUAGAAUUGCUCAUUUGUUUUAUGGAUUUCUUCUCAAAUUUGGUGAUGAGUAUGUUAAUGACGUGUUUGUUGUUAGCUCUGCGAUACUUAUGUUUGCUGAUCUUGGUUGCAUGGAUUAUGCUCGUAAGGUUUUCGACCAAUGUUUGAACAAAAAUACUGAGAUUUGGAAUACUAUGAUUGCUGCUUAUAUUCAGAAUGAUUUGCCAGUUGAAGCAAUUGAUGUGUUUGUUCAAGCCUUGGAGUCAGAGGAAGCAGAGGGUUUAUGCGAUGAUGUAACUUUGCUUUCUGUUAUUACUGCUGUUUCACAGGUGCAGCAAAUUAAAUUGGCCGAGCAGCUGCAUGCGUUUGUUCUAAAAAGUUUGCCUGCCUCGCUAAUCAUAAUUCUCAAUGCUAUAAUGGUAAUGUACUCGAGAUGCAAUCUUGUUGAUACUUCGUUUAAGGUUUUUGAUAAGAUGUUGGAAAGGGAUGCUGUUUCGUGGAAUACAAUAAUAUCUGCCUUUGUACAAAAUGGAUUCAAUGAGGAGGCACUUAUGCUUGUUUGUGAGAUGCAGAAGCAAAAGUUUUUGAUUGAUUCUGUUACCGCGACUGCUAUUUUUUCUGCAGCUUCUAAUCUUAGGAAUUUGUAUAUUGGAAGGCAAACUCAUGCAUAUUUGAUUCGCCAUGGGAUACAGUUUGAGGGGAUGGAGAGUUAUUUGAUAGAUAUGUAUGCUAAAUCUGGCUCGAUUAGGACUUCCGAAUUGUUGUUUGAGCAUAACUGCUCGAGUAAUAGAGACCAGGCCACUUGGAAUGCUAUGAUUGCUGGUUAUACUCAGAAUGGGCUCAAUGAGAAAGCUAUUCUUCUUCUUAAUGAGAUGUUGAUGCAAAAAGUACUACCAAAUGCGGUGACACUGGCAUCAAUUCUUCCUGCUUGUAGUUCAAUGGGAAGCAUGGGAUUUGCUAGGCAAAUUCAUGGAUUCUCCAUACGUCAUUUCUUGGAGAAAAAUGUUUAUGUGGGAACUGCUUUAACUGACACAUAUUCCAAAUGUGGUGCAAUUAGUUAUGCUGAAAAUGUUUUUGUGAGAACACCCGAGAAGAAUUCGGUCUCAUACACCACAAUGAUGAUGUGCUAUGGUCAACAUGGGAUGGGUAAGAGAGCUCUUACCCUGUAUGACUCUAUGCUGAGAUCUGGCAUUAAGCCUGAUGGAGUUACUUUCGUUGCCAUCUUGUCUGCUUGUAAUUAUUCUGGAUUGGUUGAUGAAGGCCUUCAAAUAUUUGAAUCUAUGGAGAAAGUACAUAAAAUUAAGCCUUCAAUGGAACAUUUUUGUUGUGUUGCCGACAUGUUAGGGAGGGUUGGGAGGGUGGUUGAAGCCUAUGAGUUUGUUAAGGGACUGGGUGAGGAUGGUAACAGCAUGGAAAUCUGGGGAUCUAUUCUUGGGUCUUGUAAAAAUCAUGGGCAUUUUGAAUUGGGAAAAGUUGUUGCCAAAAAAUUGCUGAACAUGGGUAGGGAGAAAAGAAUGGCAGGAUAUCAUGUUCUGCUCUCAAAUAUUUAUGCAGAGGAAGGAGAGUGGGAAAAUGUUGAUAGAGUGAGAAAGCAGAUGAAGGAAAAAGGUCUGCAAAAAGAAACAGGAUGUAGUUGGGUUGAGAUUGCUGGGUUUGUAAACUGCUUUGUGUCUAGAGAUGAGAAGCACCCUCAAAGUGAUGAAAUAUAUUAUAUGUUGAACAAGUUGACUUUGGACAUGAAAGAUGCGGGUUACAAACCACUUUACAGCUUAAAUUAAAAUAUGAUUUUGGAUUCUAUUGAAUGAAUUGAAUAAUUAUCACAAGUGUUAUUAUAGUGAGGUAUUGGUUGCUUUAUGGUCGGAGUUGUUACGAAAGUAACAACUGAUAAUAGUUUCAUGACCUUCAUAAAUUUAUCCUAUGUAUACCUCAACAGCCACUGUUUUGAAACUCUUACUUAGGUUGUUCAUUCAUUUGAAACAGACUGUAAUUGGUUAAAAAAACAAACCAUUCAUGUAUAUUACAAAUGUGCAAUGAUAACUUACAAGUUUGAUCAUAUUUUUAUCUCCGAUUCAAGAAGCGGUGGCUAUAUUUAGGUAUCAUUCUUCCACUUAGCAUUGUUCCCGUUAUGCAGGAUUUUAAUACAAUAUUUGGCUGUAGUCUUGGGACCUUCAGAUACAACUGAACCGAACAAUUAAAAGCCAGUACUAAUCAAUCAGUAUUAAGUUUAUUCACCUUUGAUAAAAGUGUACACAAAAAAUUGUAUGCAGUGGGCACGAUAUGUUCAUUUAAGUUCGGUAUGGAACUUAGCUCUUAGAUUUUAUUUUCUUUUCCAUAUUAGGUUGAAUUUUUUGUUUCAAAUUUGUUUUGGCUACAGGUACAUGAUAAGGCUACAACACUUGGACUCAAGUCUAAAAACAGGAUGAGGAGUACCAGAGUUUUCUUGUUUCUCUCACUGGAUGCUCAGUAAGAUUAUCAAGUAUUAUUUUGAAUUUCUUUUUUACACAUUGAGUAUUUCGGAAUGUGGCAAGCUGUCAGAUUCUAUCACUAGGACCUAUCUUUCAAUAAGGAGGAAAAAGGUUCAAAGAAGGUUGUGUUUAACAACUCUAAUUAGUGUUUUUGUUAAUUCUGUUUCUUAGUUCUUCUCCAGGAAUACAGAAGUUUUCUAGGCGCUUUGUCCUUAACCAUCCUCCAUGGUUGUCAUUAGAUUAUGUAAACUUCUGUCUGUCAUAGUCACUUCUAGAAGUCCCUAAGAAGGCUUGAGUGGCUUAAUUUGACACUUCCAGAUAAACUACACAGUAAUAUUUAGCCUCUCUGCUUAUUUAGUUUAAUAAUUGGAUUUUGAGUUAAAACACUUGUGUACUUUUUGGAAUUGCAGGAUAUUAGAUAUUUGAACAAGGAGUGCAGACUAUGUAGAGAGAAUUUGAGAGAACUAUAACUCUGCUUAUCUGUAUUACUUUUCUAUUCAGUUAAAAGAUAGUUACUUCCAACAUCAUACUCCAUCCUAUAAUCCAAGGCAAUCUCCACACCCAUCUUCAGCUCAUGCACGAGUUCAAAAGCAUUGGUCUGUUGCUCAGCUAAGAGAGGCCAUGUCGCAAUAGGCACACCAUGAUAUAUGCUCUCAAGAGUUGAAUUCCAACCACAGUGUGAAACGAAGCCUCCUGUGGCUGGAUGGGCAAGUACUUGGACCUGAGGUGCCCAUCCGACAAACCUUCCAAUCUCCACUGUUCGAUCUAAGAACCCUUCAGGUAAAACUGCGACCAUAUCACACAAAGGAUAAUCAGACACCGGACCCAUGGUUCCCUUCGGCGGAGGUUUCCGCAUGGACCACAGGAAGCGGGCUCCACUUUUCUCAAUAGCAUGUGCAAUCUCCCUAACCUGAUCCUCAUCAAAAGCACCCAUGCUCCCAAAGCAGAUGAAAAUUACCGAAGAAUGAGGUUGGUCAUCGAGCCACUUAAUUGUGUCAUUAGAAUCAAUAAUACCAUUAGGCUUGGGCUCAGGCUUGAGUUUGGUCUCAAGGUUUAAUAUGGGGCCCACCGGAUAUAUGGGUAAACCACACAGACCCGAGUCUUCCAAGAAUGAGUGAGCCGCAUGUGGUUCUAGCUCAUGAAACGAGUUUACUAUAAUACCACUAGCUUUCUUGAGUCCUCUUACAUGGUUGAUGAAAUCUGAUUCCCACUUCUUGCGGAGUAUCACAGUGGGCAACGUGUUUGUAGGAACUGGAUUAAAGAAACUCGGGAUGUCUAGUUCGUCCUGCUGCAACAACAAACGAGUCGCUUCUAAGUUGUUUUCCAAAAGUCUGUGAAGAUGAAGCACCAGACCAAGGUAAGCAAUACCAGAAGUGAAGUAGAGAAGGGACGGAACACCAAAUUCGUUGGCAACAUCAAUCAUGGUGGUACAAAACAUGUCAACAACGAAAGCAGCAAGUUGUCCAUUGAUGUUGGAAACAGCUUCUUUAACGUUUGGUUUUUGGGUUUCAGCGAGAGCACUGGCAGAGUAACUUCCAUCAGGAGUGGAGGAAACAUAAGUACAUUCAGGGAGGUUAAUGACAUGGAGAUUUUCCAAGUCGAAUGCGGACGAAAGGGCUUGUAUUUUUUCAUCAGUGUUUGGAAACUUGAUGACCAAGACGGUUAUACUGAGACGGUUAUCACGGUUGAUAAGAAGCUUAGCAAACUCAAGGGUGGAUACUAGAUGUCCCACACCUGGAGAAGGGAUAAACACCACUUCUACUCUCUUCAUCCUAAACACAACACUCAAUACAAUUACAUUACAUGUAAUUGUUAACUAGCUAGAAGCACCUCAUAUAGAUAUCAGUAUUGUGAGUAAUGGGUUUGCUUGUCCAAUAGUGUAUUGUGAGUGCUGUUUUUGAACCUGAAAUUUUGUGUGGUGAGCAACGAUUUAGAAACAUGAAUUAUUAUUUUGUCUGUAACUUUAAUGGUUGUAUGAUAGUAUGAUAAAGCAUGGUCAGUGAUGCCUUUUUAUUGCAGGCUUUUCA